GGACGGAUGAGUUCCGGUAGAAUCGUGGUUUCAAGAUCCGACUGUCAUUUUUAUUUCAAAAGCGAGUCAUUCUCCGGUGCUUUCGGUUUUCGUCUAUUAUUCAAAAGUCUUUAGUUUCAACAAGAUGCCUCUGCAGAUGACCAAACCCGCUCCCCAGUUCAAGGCCACGGCCGUCGUCAACGGAGAGUUCAAGGACAUUUCUCUGUCUGACUACAAGGGGAAAUAUGUUGUGCUGUUCUUCUAUCCUUUGGACUUCACGUUCGUGUGCCCGACGGAGAUCAUCGCGUUCUCGGAGAAGGCGGACGAGUUCCGCAAGAUCGGCUGCGAGGUGCUCGGCGCCUCCACCGACUCGCACUUCACGCACCUCGCCUGGAUCAACACGCCGCGCAAGCAGGGCGGACUCGGCCCCAUGAACAUUCCUCUGAUCAGCGACAAGUCGCACCGCAUCUCCCGCGACUACGGAGUGCUGGACGAGGAGACGGGCAUCCCCUUCCGAGGACUCUUCAUCAUCGACGACAAGCAGAACCUCAGGCAGAUCACCAUCAACGACCUGCCCGUAGGGAGGUCGGUGGAGGAGACCCUGCGGCUGGUGCAGGCCUUCCAGUUCACGGACAAGCACGGCGAGGUGUGCCCCGCCAACUGGAGGCCCGGCGCCAAGACCAUCAAGCCCGACACCAAGGCCGCGCAGGAGUACUUCGGCGACGCCAACUAGACACGACACCACACCAAGAAUCACUCUAAUUGAAUACACAAUUUCGAAAAGGGCACAUCUCUGAAAAUGUAAAAUGUUCAGGAAUUGAAAAAAAAACUGAUUAUUUUUUAAAGCAGUGUAAAAUUUAAAAUAUUAACUUUUGAGAUACAUUUUAGUCUUAAUUAGCAAUUUAUGAGAUAUGCCCUUUUCGAAAUUGCAUAUUCAAUGAAUACUUCUUAUUUUUACUUCACUUGUUAAAUCAGUAUUGAUUAACUUAAUGUAAUCCAGCGGCUGCAAUAAAGAGCUGUGCUGUUUUGGUA